AUGGCACACAAAGGCCAUAAAGAGUUUGCUAGUCCGAAUACAGAGUGCGAUGAUUGCCACUUGGAUCUUCUUCAAAAAGAUCAGAAAACAGGGUUGCAUUCUUGCUCUAGCAUUAGAUAUAAGGAUUUGUUUGGAUUCGCCACUUCCAGCGAGAAUUUUCUUCUUUUCCUCGGGUUGUUACUUUCCGUUGUUUUCGGAGCUGCUUUUCCUGUAUCCAUACUAGUCUUCCGCUGGAUUGUCAAUGACAUAAUAAGCACUGUUGGUGUUUCAUACGUAGAAAUAUACCGCGCAUCUGUUUUGCUUGCUGUCAUAGCGGCUGCUGCCUUCCUGAUAUCCUUUGGUCAAGUAUGGUUCACAAAUAUAUAUGCUUCACGUGUUGUAAAGCGUACCAGGCAACUUCUAAUCCAAGCAGUAUUGAGUCAAGACGUAGCUUGGUUGGAUGAACAUGCCGUCGGAAGCCUCAUAGAUAAAUUAACUGAACACACAACUAAUAUACAUCUUGGCAUUGGGGAGAAAUUAAGUGAAUUUAUUCAGAAUAUUUCUAGUUUCUUUAUCGGCUUCCUUAUCGCAUUCGCGUAUGGUUGGAAGCUUAGUUUGGUUGCUUGCUCAUCAUUGCCAUUAGUCCUUAUUGGUUUCUCUUUAUUCGGUACUACUGUGAGACGCUUCACUCUCAUGGAGCAGGAUGCAUACUCCAAGUCUAGUACAAUUACUGAGGAAGUUUUGAGCGCUAUCCGGACAGUAAUUACUUUUUCUGGGGAGAGAAAAGAAGUAUUACGUUAUAGCAGUAAUCUGGAUAAGGCUGCCGCUUGUGGUGUAAAACAGGCAGGUUGGCUUGGAUUUGCUGGUGGCUUUGUUGGAAUGUCAAUAUACACUUCUACAGCAUUAGUAUUUUGGUAUGGAGUGACGUUAAUUCGACAAGGUGAAUAUGAUCCAGGAUCUGUGAUACUAGUUUUUCUUAAUAUCAUAAUUGGAAGUUUGUUUCUAGGCAGUGCCUUACCAAAUUUUCGAUACUUUCAUGUGGCUAAAGCAUCGGCGCGAGAUAUAUUUGAUAUUAUUAAACGUAAACCUUUAGUUGACAAGACAUCUUCGAAUAAACAACUUGAUGAUUUUAGUGGUAAAAUAACAUUUAACAAAGUUUCAUUUUCAUAUCCGUCACGUCGCGAAAAAGUGAUAUUCAAUGACUUUAGUUUAACUAUACAGUCAAAUGAAACAACUGCUUUUGUUGGUCCUAGUGGAUGUGGAAAGACUACAAUAACACAGUUGAUCGAACGAUUUUAUGAUCCAGAUAAUGGUCAGGUACUUUUUGAUGAUACAGAUUUGCGUGCAUUGAAUGUGAAUUGGAUUCGUUCCAAUAUAGGUAUUGUUCAACAAGAUCCAGUUCUAUUCACAGGAACAAUAUCGGAAAACAUUCGAAUGGGUUGUCUAAAUGAUACUUUAACUAACGAUGAUGAUGAUAAAAACAGUAUUAUAGAAGCAGCGAAAUUGGCUUAUGCUCAUGAAUUCAUUACAAAAUUGCCAGAGGGCUAUAAUACAAUGAUAUCUCGUACGAACUCUGAAUUGUCGGUUGGUCAAAAACAACGUAUAUCGAUUGCUCGCGCUCUCAUUCGUAAACCGAAAAUUCUGAUUUUCGAUGAGGCUACAUCAGCUUUAGAUAAUCAUUCAGAAAGAAUGAUUCAACGUGCUUUAGAAAAUAUAAAAAUUAAUCGGACUGUGAUUAUAAUUGCUCAUCGAUUGUCGACUAUUCGGAAUGCAAAUAAGAUUGUGGUUUUAGAUAAUGGUCGUAUUAGGGAGAUAGGUACCCACGCACAAUUAUCCUCUACCUCAGGAUUUUAUUCAGCAAUGCUAAAACUUGAGACACCUGAUAACGUUUCUGCUUCAAUCAAUGAUAAUAUGACUGAUUUACAAGCUGAUGAUACUAAAUUCUCAAACGAUGAUCAAUUGCUUCUUGACGGUCACACAAACAAUAAUCUAAGAAGUACCAACAGUUGCGUCAAUAAAAAUAUGAAUGUUUAUCAGGUUAACAAAGAUGAAGUUACUUUGAAUCUCUCUAGUUCGAAUGUAGUUAACAAACGAAUCACUGUGAUGUCAUCUAUGCUUCGUUUGUUGAAACUGUCUAGACCUGAAUGGAGAAGUGUAACGUUAGGAUGUAUAGCUGCAUCUAUAACCGGUGGAUUACAACCUAUAUUUGCUAUAUUAUAUUCAGAAAUUUACACUAUUUUUAGUCUAGUUCAAAAACCUGAUGAAAUGCAAAUUAGAGCUAAUUUAGUCACAGGUAUAAUAGCUCUUUUGGGUUUGAUUCGAUUAGCCAGUUCCACUUUUCAGGGUUAUUUUCUCGGUGUUGCUAGCCAAAAACUAACUAAACGUUUACGUCAAAAUUUAUUUGCAUCCAUGUUGAAACAGGAAAUGGCUUGGCAUGACAAACCAGAAAAUAAUCCUGGUAUUCUAUCAUUUAUAUUAACAUCGGAUGCAAAUAAAGUGAAUACAUUUUGCGGUACUUCACUAGGUCGUCUAAUCGAAUCAGCCAUACUGGUGAUAUUCUCAUUGACAAUUGCCUUUGUAUAUAACUGGAAGUUGACUUUGGUGGUAUUGGUUUUCUCCCCGGUCACUAUAUUAUCAAGUUAUCUACAGCUUCGACAAAUUCAUGUCAAUUCUAAUGUUAAUAAUGAAACUAUGGCUGCUCGUAUUAUUCACGAAGCUCUUAGUUCAGCAAGAACUGUAUAUGCUUAUGGUUUGGAGAAUUAUUUUUGUAAACAUUAUUCUACUGUAUUAAAUUUAGAAAUGACUGCUGGCAAUCGUACUUUUAUAAUUUAUUCAUUUAUCUAUGCCUUAGCCCAGUCAUUGCCGAUUUGUUCUUAUGCUGCUACAUUUUCUUAUGGAGCCUAUUUAAUGAGUUUAGAAGAAAUUAAUUUGACUGGAAUAUUCAAGUAUGGUUUUAUAUUAAUAUAUUUAUGAUUAGCUUAGUUAAUUGCUUAUUUUAGAGACAAUAUUUAGUGUUGAAGGAAUUUAUGAGUCGUAGACUGUUUGAAAUCAGCCUGAAGUAUUUGCCAAUUUACUUGACGAUUGAACUUAUCUUAAUAUAAAUAGUUUCUAUGACGGACUGAAUAGAAUAACAACUGAGACAUAACAACACUACACGCAUUAUAAUCAAUUAGAGAAGAUAGGACUUUGAAGAUAGCGUUAUAUUCCGAACAGAUGUCAAAAAUUGGAAUGAAACUACUCAGUUUAUAUGGUAAGACCAAAUAACCUUAGGACACAGUAAAAUUAGAAAACUAAAAAUGACAGCAACCAAUUGGAUAACAACAAACGUCAUUGUGAAAUAAUGAAUUUUUAAAAAUUUCACCAAAAUUAUUGUUUGAAGAGAAAACUAACAUGUGAUUCAUUGCUGGACAAAUAUCUGAACUAGCCUUGAUUAUCAAUCUGACUAUUGUAACUUAGGGUAUGAUGUUGGAGAUUUGUCUUUUAAUUAAUUAAUCACUCUCUAAACAACAACAGAGAUUACUAAGAUCGGACUAAUCUAAAAUCAUAUUUAACAACUUUAUUAGUUUAAAAUUAGCACUAUUUUUAUCAUAGUAAUAUAAUUGGGAAGCUAUUCAUUUGAAUAUGCGGUAAGAUUAUUGUGUUUUUUUUUUACAAAAUAAAAGAAACUUACUAGAAUGUCCUUCUUUUUAUCUUUAUUUGUGUGCUUAUAACAUCAGAACAAAAUAACUAUGAAUUAAUAAUGAAAACUGAACUACAAUUGAAAGCUUGCAAAACUUUAUUUUAACCUAUUUUCAUAUGCAACAGUCCAUGAAGUUAUUGAGUAUUGAACUCAACUUCGUUAGUAGGUACAAACCACCAGGUUGAGAUUUGCGCGAUUAUCCUGAUGCAUUUUUAGAGACGUUGUCUGAUAUACUGUAGAAUCUGUUGCAAUAGCCCAGUUGCAUUCGUUCUUUGUUUUUCCUUAGACCUUGAAUUUAAAAAUUAGCUUAUAGUUAUUUGUUUAAUUCCACGAUUUUAUUAUUUCUCAAAUCACAUUGUAUACGUCUAGCCGUUUCUACUACUACUACUGAUACUUACUAUUUCUACUACUCUGCCGUGUAUCUUGAUAAUUUCAUCUCCUUGUGGUAAUAUGGUGUGGCAACUUAAACUGAUGUCCCAGGUUCUAAGUUGGUUUUGACUGACUAGUCCAUAAUGACAACAACAAUCUCUAUCUGCAUAUUCUAUUAUAAUGAAGUAUCUCUUAAAAAAUUUUGGACCAAAUAGUUUAGUGAAUAAACCAUUCGACUUUUAAUCAGUCACACGUUCAAACCCUGCUUUAUUUUAUCCAGUUCGGACAUCCGAAUAACCUUCACAUUAAUAGUGUGACUCAAAGCCAUCAGUAAAUAUACGUGUAAUUAGUAAAUGAGUAACAGUAGUAUUAAGAAUUAUAGAUAUAUUGUAUCAUGAUUAUUAUGUCAUUCGAUAUUUUUAUAACAAAAAUUUAGUCCAAUCACUGUAACCUACGAUAAAUCGAUUGUACAAAUUGAUUAUAUUUCUAGAAAAGUCGAAUUUACUUGUGGUGGAUUGGUUUUUUGUGCAUAGUAAUUGAAUGCGCCACAACUUCAGUUUUUUAUUUAUUUAAUCUAUUGAUUAUACAUCUAAAAUGAUAUAAUCCUGAUCACACAACUUUUGUCUUUUGUGGAAGUCCUACUCACUGCCUUCUC